AUGAUUAGUCUUUUGAGUGUAGCCGUGCUCUUGGCAGUCGCUGGUCUCGUCUAUACUUGGCGAAACUGGUAUUGCCAGCCAGCACCCCAGAAAGUGCUUCCAGAAAUCGGACUCGACAAUCUGAAAGCGCUCAAUGUGAAUCACGAGCUGCGAAGUGAGUUUCUGAAGCUCGUUCGCGACGAUGGUGCGGGAAGCUGGCCGCCAGUGGCCCGUCAUCACAACUGGCCCGCUGCCCUGAGCGCAUACAGCAGAGUAUAUGCUGAAGUUGCGCGCCAUCUGGCAACUCCGGAGCCAUCGCUCGAUGACGAGUUCAAUCUCAAGAGAUGCGCCGAGUUUCGUACGCGCAUGCGUGCAAGCCUUGAGCAGCAUGUGGAUGCCGAUGCUGUCGCCAAGAGUCUCCAGCCCGUCUUGGAUGACGAUUGGAGCGAGCUGAGCCGCGACUCUUUCAAUGGCUUUUAUUCUUGCGUUGCCUGCCUUCGACACGCCUAUCGAUGGGCAACUAAUCCGGUCGUUCGAGUGGCCCAAAACGAAAAGCGGUUGGCAUUCCCGCCUGAACUGGACCUGGCAUGGUCUUUUAUUCAAAAGAAACUCGACAUUACUUCGCCGAGCGGAAACGCUGUAGCAAACAUUCUUUGCAACUUUGAUGCUCAAGGCAAACUUACCUAUCGGGUCAAUGAAGGCUUGUCUGCCGAUGUACUGCGAACUGAGCUUGCUUGGUGCAAGAUCUUUAGCAAGUCUGAGACUCUGGCCACGCCAAUGUACUGCGGCAUCAUCCGAGCCAUGAUGAGCUACCAGCAGGGUGACAAAAGAGCCUGCCUUGGCUACACCGAAGCCGUGUUUGAACAUCUUCGGCAGCUCAUUCUCUAUCUAUAUGACAACAUGAACGAUCCCAAUGUCUCCCGUGCCAUCUGGGUCCGUCAUGUAUCGGGAAUACACAGCUGGGGCCUGACAUCAGACUCGGAAAAUGGCCCAGUAGAGUAUGGUGGGCUGUCUGGUAGUCAGACGCUCAUCUUCCUGGCCGUGGAUGCGUUUCUCGGAAUGAAGACCUAUCACUCCAAAGAUGAAGCCAAGAUGCACAUUUCCAGAAACAUGCGAAAUGUGUCUGCAAUGAUGAACAAGUAUUGCUUUCGACCUCAGCUGGCCAAGAGCGGCUCACCCGAGGACUUGGCCAUUAUCGAAGUCAUGGAGCGCAUUGUCAAGCAAAUGCGAACAUUUCGAGGCGUACACAAAGUGCGAGCCGUUCGAUUCCUCUCUGCCCCCGCACCAGAGAGAGUGCCAAUGACGGCUGCCCUCUCUGUUUUGGAUGACAAGGAAAAGGACAAUGAGAAACACGCAUCGGGUGAAGACGCGUACGCUUCUAUCGAUGGACUCCUAACGAAGCGACUCAAUCAAACAGUUUGA